AUGGAAGCAACUGCGAGAAUCUUAAGCAGCUCUGCUCAGAAUCGCCGUCUCCUUCUCAGAAAAAUCACUGUGAAACCAGAUUCUCGUCCGCUCAAAUCCACAAGUGAGCUCUGUUUUCCCUUUCAGAAUGCCGUCGCUUCCGGGGAAUCCUCACUCUCCGUCGCUCGUGUUCGAUGCUCUUCGCUUCCCACGAAAGCGAAUCUCUUCAAGUCACUCUUCUCUCUAACGUCGAAUUUCCGUCUCGAGGGCUCCGCCGUUCACGCCAACCCAUUCCGAUCCAAACCCAACGACGGCGUCGCAAUUUGGAACAGAGCUCCGAGGAGCGUGAACGGAGGUCUAGGAAACGCGACGGCGUUCGGCGGGGAAGGGAAAGAGACGACGGUGGUUCUCCUCGGUUGGUUAGGAGCGAAAGCGAAACAUCUGAGGAGAUACGUUGAGUGGUACAACUCCAGGGGAAUCAACGCCGUUACUUUCACCGUCGACGUUAGGGAUUUGCUCCGGCUAGAUCUCGGACGGAGGCUUGAACGGCGGAUAGCUGAGUUCGGGAACGAAUUGGUGAAUUGGGUAUCGGAGAAAGAAGAUGAUGGUAGAGAGAAAUGCUUGGUGUUCCAUAGUUUCAGCAACACUGGUUGGCUUGUCUAUGGUGCAUUGCUCGAGAGCUUUGUGGGUAAGCAAGACUUGGUAGAAAAGAUUAAGGGCUGUAUCAUCGACUCAGGAGGAGCAGAUCCUCUUGAUACCAAGAUUUGGGCAGCUGGGUUUACUGCUGCUAUACUGAAGAAACGUAGCUCCACCGUAAACACAGAAUCAAACUCGCAAAAGAAGGAACCUCUAGGAAUCGAAAGCCUGAUGCUGUCAUCUCUAGAGAAACUCUUCCCCAUCUUCUUAGACUUCCCUGAUGUUAACAAGAGGCUGACGAAAAUCAUCGAGAAACUCUAUGAGAACCAUCCUCCAUGUCCUCAGCUCUAUCUUUACAGCUCCGGGGACAAAGUUGUGCCGUCUCAUUCCGUAGAGUUCCGGAUCCAAGGACAAGUGAAGAUGGGGAGAAACAUUCAUUCUUUCAAUUUCGGGACGUCUCCUCACGUCGAUCACUUCAGGAGCUUUCCUGACUUGUACACCUCACAGCUUCACAACUUCUUGCAAGAGUGCUUCACUUCAAAACAGCAAGAAGCUCUGUGA